CAAGGGCAGGAGAGAGAGGGCGCUUAAGCAUUCGCUGACAUCCCGGGCUCAGGAAGUGAAUAUUCUGGUAGAGAGAGAGAGAGAGACAGGAAACCCCAGACUCGGAGAGUGGCUCAUAGAAGUCCUUGUUGUACAGUGGCUGCCGCAGAGUUGGUGUCAAGGAAAGACUGCAUCCUACAAGCCAACAUGAGCCUCCAGCUGGCAAACAUCUUUCUGCCUUUGCUCUUCCUCCUUUGUCUGCGUAUGGGAGCUGCAGAAAAUACUGCUGCUGUCAUUGUGGUGAAUCAGACACCCCCUUCUAUCCGUGCAAUGGAAGGGUCAGAGUUCACCAUCAAGUGUACAUUCAACACAAGCAAUAAUUCAACCAGGUGGUUUGUUGAAUGGAAUAAAAUCAGAAACAAUGUAACAGAAAAGGUGUCCAAUGGAACAGAUCAAAUCAUAUCAGCAGAUAAAGAAAAGAGGUCUCUUUCCCUCACUGUGAAGAAAGCCGACGUCACUGAUUGUGGAACCUACAUGUGUAGGGUUGGGAGCAAAGAUGUGAUAUAUCCUGGGACCGGAACCCAAGUGACCAUCGAAGAAAUUACCGACCUGAUGGUGAAUCAAACCCCAACCAAUGUCAGUGAUUUAGAAGGCUCAGAACUUACCAUGAAUUGUACAUUCAAGACAGUCAAUAACCACAGCACCAUGUAUGUGCGAUGGUAUAACUAUGGGACUGAGGGACUAAAGAAAGAGCUGGUGAAUGAGAGCGAAGUGAUCACAACCCUGCAUUUGGACAAUGGGUUUGCCACUCUCACUUUGAAGAAUGCGAAUUCAUCUAAUACAGGAACCUACGUGUGUGAGGUGGGGAUCACAACAAAGAACCUCUCGGGGAAUGGAACAGGAACCCAAGUGACCAUCAAAAUUCCCAAGCUGAUGGUGAAUCAGACCCCAGCCAGUAUCCAGGAGUCAGAAGGCUCAAAUCUCACCAUGGAGUGUAGAUUCACGGAAUUGAAAAACCACAGGACCUUGUAUGUGAAAUGGUAUAAACAUAAUGGAACUGGGGGAACGAAAAAGGAGCUGAUGAGCGAAAAAGGCGGGGGCUCAGCAGCCCUGGAUUUGGAGAAGGGUUUUGCUUUGUUCACUCUGAAGAACGUGAAUGUAACCGAUACAGGAACCUACAUGUGUGAGGUGGGGAGCACAGCUAGGAACUGGUCUGCGUCAGGAGCCGGAACCCAAGUGACCAUCACUCCUGUUGACCUGCUGGUGAUUCAAAGCCCUGCCUUUGUCAAGGAAGAGGAAGGGAAACCGUUGACCAUAGCAUGUAGAUUCAGGGCCCUGGAGAAACCCAGCGCCAAGUACUCUGUUAAAUGGUAUAAAAACAGGACUGAUGGACUCGAGAAGGAGCUGAAAAACAAAGCAGGCUCAGUCACAACAACUCUAGAUUUCUCAACGGGCCUGGCUUCUCUGAACUUGACUAAAGCCAGCAUGAAUGAUUCUGGGUUCUACAGAUGUGACUUCGGUAAAAAUGGCCGUGGGAAAGGAACGAGAGUGAUGAUUCAUGCUGUUGACCUGCUGGUGAAUCAGACGCCUGCCGUAAUGAAAGGAUUGGAAGGAGACAAGCUCACUAUAGAGUGUAGAUUCAAGGUAGUGAAAGACCCAAGCACCACAUCCAGUGUUACGUGGUAUAAGACGGGGGCUGAUGGACACAAGAAAGAGCUGAAGAACAGAACAGGCAUUGUCACAACAGCUCUAGAUUCCUCAAAAGGCCUGGCCUCUCUCACCUUGAUCAAAAUCAAUAGAAAUGACUCCGGGCUCUACAGAUGUGACUUUGGUAAAAAUGGCGGUGGAAAUGGAACCAGAGUGACCAUCCAUGCACAUGACCAAAAGCUGAUGAGCUCUUACAUUGUUCCUGGGACUGUGGCUGGGACACUUCUCCUCUUGCUGGUGCUUGGUAUCCUUUUGUGGAGAUGCAGACAGUGCUCCAAAGAACCACUUCAAAGCAGGUCAGAGGCAGAGAUGAAUCAGAUGGAGAUGUGUUCUCCUCCACCAGCUGAUGAGGUGACUUACGUUGACUUGAACUUCCACAAAAGGGACGCAAAAGCGGAGGAAGAGGUUGUUUACACAGAAGUGAAGAUACGGCCAAAACAGAGAGAUGACGAUGACAUCUAUGCAAAAGUCAAACCUAGUCAGCGCUAGGGGAAGAGCUAGUGGGAAUUAACAGAGGGGUGACCAGCAUUUCACAUGUCCAUUAAAUGCAAGACUCCAUGAAACAACGAAUUAGCUCUUAGUAAAAGAUGUCCUUGGAGAUCAAAGUCCUCUAGUUAUGAACAGAACAGGUAGCAAUGCAAGAUUCUCAUUUCCUGCUCCACCAACAUGUCUCAACUCCGAUCUGGAGAGACCAAUUCUGUGGGUAAACGGAGAGUUCUGCUACCCCAUCUAUGCUUGGUCUAUGUGCUGCAAUUGUAGCCAGGAAAUGAGUUGUGCUGUGGACAGUAGUUCACUAGGAACUGAGUCGAGACCAGAAAUUCAUUUAACAAACUCAUCAGCCAUCAGAUUGUAGCAAUUUUUAGUUGCUAUUUACCAGCACUGUAUUUGAACAGUGACCAAGAGCCAAGCCCUGGAGCCACCCAAGUAUGGAAAAUGUUGCCAUCUUGUUGUGGGAAGCGCUGUUCUCCACUGAAGAUGCCAACUGUGCUGAACAAGGAAGGAAAAGCCUCCGAAGAGCCAUGCUCCCUACCCUGGAAGAUGUACAAUAAUGCUGUUAACGCUCAAGAGUGAUUUCUCAUACUUUCAUGAAUGAAAGUGACAUGAUUGUUUAAUCUUUCUAAGCACAAAGCAGGCUUCUCUGUUGGGAGGGAAUUAAGUGGAUGGAAUCCAGGGAAACUUAAGAGCCCAACAACAACAAUAUGAAUUGCUUUAUUAACUAAAGCUUUUACAGCAAGUUUAGCCCAGGGAUUGAGUGUGUGCGAUUGCUCUGAUUUAAAUGGAGUUGUACCUACUUACACCAGGAAUGGAUUUGUCCCCUUGUGUCUGUGAGACUUUACUGUAAAUUUAAAAAGGAAUUGUGUAAUUUAAAAAAAAGCCAUCAUUUCUAGUGGUUCAAGUAGAUUGUGCUUUUAGAUAAAUAAUAAUUUUAGAUAACUCCCCAGAAAAAAACAACCCAAAGGGACAGUUGGGCUCCCAAAAAUGGAAAGACCUCAAAAAAAAGAACAGGAGUGCCUUUGAAAGUCUGUCCAUAACGCAUUGAUUUUUAUGACUAUUGUAGAUGCAUGAGAUAUAACCUGUGGAGACCAUAACUCAUGGAUUUCCAUAAGGAUACAACCAGAAGAAACAGCACAGCAACCAUGUGAACACUUGCAAAAUGUUCUGCUGAUUAUUAAUACCUGCAUCCAUUCAUUAUUAACUAAUACAUGGCAUCAGCCAUUUUCAAGACUGAACUCCCAAAAGAAAAGGCAGCUAUUGAACUGCAUUGUGGUUGCACCAAGACAGGGUUUGGUCCCCUUAUGUGGGGUAGGUCUUUAGCCACAUCAGUUUCAUGAAUGCAAAUGAUGGGUUUUUCAGUGGUAACUGUUGUUCAUUGCCCUGCAGAUCCACCCACGGCAAAUCUGCAGAGGCAGUCCUUCCAGAAGAACUGGGUGACUAAAUACCCACCACGAACACCACAUAUGCUGGGUGGAGACCAAAUUCAAGCCUGGCUGAAGUCAUGAAGGUUUCCACCCAUUUACACCAAGACUGUACAUGUUCCUUAAGAUAUAGAUAAGAAUGGCUAUGCUGGAUCAGAUCAAUGGUUCAUCUAGUCCAGUAUCCUGUCUUUGACCAGUACCAGGUGCUUCAGAGGGAUGAACAGUACAGAACAAUUUCAAGUGAUCUCUCUCCUGUUGUCUAGUCCCCCCUUAUGACAGUUGGAGGUUGAGAGAUACCACACUGAAUGACUAAGCUGAGUACAAAAUAUAUGGAGGUUGGCCUAAACACUACAGCCUGCAGCAGAAUUACCGCUAGCGGUUUAGGCCCUUACUAUACAGGGCUGCAUAUACUUCUGAACACACCAAAUCCUUCCACUUAAAGGCUUCUUCAAAUGCCUCAAAUGCCACAAGAUUGGAAAUAGCUGACUUUGGUUAUUGACAAGACAGUGCAUUAUUAUUAUUUUUGCCAUUAGCAAAAGCCAGAUCCUCCCCCAGCAAAAACCACUGCUGCUUGCUGCAGGAAAGUGAAGUUUAUGAGUCACCCUGAAAAGGGGAAGUAAAGUCAAAGGGUAAAUCCGUGCUGGUGCUGUGCCAGGGUAUUUUUAAUUUGUAACUGAACCGGUAUCUGUAUCAACCUAUCUGAAGAGGGAGAGUUUGGCAGGAAAUCAGCAGUUUGUCAACGUUGAUGAAAACGACUAAUUACCAAUUUAAUAUUUAUUUUACACACAUACACACUCUUAUUCUUGGUCUCUCUUCUUUCCACUAUGAAAUUAAUUAUUCUAUUAUUUUUAAAAGCAGCGUAUUCGAAUGAAAGCUAGGAUUUCCAAAGGCUCCAGUGCGAGCUUUAGACACAACUCUCAGUGAAAGCCAAGGGAGCUGGGCACCUUGCUACAUUAUAUCCCUUUGCCAUCCUCAGUCUAAGGCCCAAGGUCUGUACAUUGAUUGUACAUUGGGUCAGAGCCUCCACGGAGUCAGAACUGAUGAGGAAGUGGAUCCAUAACAUUUAAACAGGAUUUUGUAAACAAGACACUUUCUAAAAGCUCUCGGUCAGAAGUGCCCGUAACCAUCAUCUUGAAUCUACUGGUGUGGCAGGAUUUUUUGGCUUCCAAGGUCUCAGAUGAGCUACGAUCUGCCAACCUUUAGAAGUAACACAGAGUCAAAUGGAAAUGAACACGCUGCAAGUGUGUGGCGAUCUUGCUGCAUAUCCAGCUGAUUGUCUACAACUGGGGUGAGCAAACUAUGGCCAUGUCCGGUCUGUCAAAACUUUUAAUCUUGUCCUUGAUCCUAGCCUCCUGCACCCCAAACCCCUCAUCCGCAAAUCCACCACAAAGCCUACACCCCCAG